CUAACAGUUACAUAAAUAUAGAAAGAAGGCGAAGAAGAAGUAUCGAGGAAAAUGGUGGAUUCGGGUGAGAUUGUUGAAGGUUGCCGCCUUCCAGUUCUUAGAAAAAACCAGGAACAUGAAGACGAGUGGCCAUUGGCAGAAAUUCUCAGUGUUAAAGACAUCCCUGGAAGAAAACUCUACUAUGUCCACUACAUUGACUUCAACAAGCGUCUGGAUGAAUGGGUGACCCCUGACAGACUGGACAUGAAGAAACUACAGCUUCCUAAAAAGGAGGCGAAGACGCCCACCAAAAACGGCCUCUCAGGGUCACGGCCCAGUUCUCCUGAGAGAGACCCCGUGAGGAAGACUGUCGAUCUCAGCCUCCCUACUGCUACAUCUCCAUCCAGAGGCAAAACAAUUCCCACAACGAAGCGGAAAGCUGAAUCGGUCUCCCUCGCGACAGUGUCGCUGGCCACACCUGUGCCGUCGUUGCCUAGCUCCACGGAAACCACCCAGGCUGCUGUCUAUCCGGCUAUGAGGGACACCAAUAACACCUUCACCCAAAAGUGCAACACCCGUGACGACCACGAGCAGGUUGCCUCCCUCACUACGAAUGGUACAGCCCGUCCCCUCAUCCCCUCGCAGCCGGGCAGAAAGCGGAAGGCAAAUUGCGGAGGAACCGACGAGGAUUCGCAGGACAGCUCCGACGGCAUCCCCGCCGCCCCCCGCAUGACGGGCAGCUUGGUGUCGGACCGCAGUCACGACGACAUCAUCACGCGCAUGAAGAACAUCGACUGCAUCGAGCUGGGCCGGCACCGGCUGAAGCCCUGGUACUUCUCCCCCUACCCACAGGAGCUCACCACCCUGCCUGUGCUCUACCUCUGCGAGUUCUGCCUCAAGUACCUGAAGAGCCUCAAGUGUCUGCAGAGGCAUCUGACGAAGUGUAACCUUCGGCACCCCCCGGGCAAUGAGAUCUACCGUAAGGGCACCAUUUCCUUCUUCGAAAUCGACGGGCGGAAAAACAAGACAUACUCUCAGAACCUGUGUCUGCUGGCCAAGUGCUUCCUGGACCACAAGACUUUGUAUUACGAUACGGACCCCUUUCUCUUCUACGUGAUGACGGAGUACGACUCCAAGGGCUUUCACAUCGUGGGUUACUUCUCCAAGGAGAAGGAGUCAACAGAGGACUAUAAUGUUGCCUGCAUCCUCACCUUGCCUCCCUACCAAAGGAGAGGCUAUGGAAAACUGCUCAUUGAGUUCAGCUACGAGCUGUCCAAAGUGGAGGGGAAGACGGGGACCCCCGAGAAGCCCCUGUCCGACCUGGGCCUGCUGUCCUACCGCAGCUACUGGUCUCAGACCAUCCUGGAGAUCCUCAUGGACCUCAAGCCCGACAACGGAGAGAGGCCGCAGAUCACCAUCAACGAGAUCAGCGAGAUAACCAGUGUGAAGAAGGAGGACGUGAUAUCCACCCUGCAGUACCUCAACCUCAUCAACUACUACAAGGGGCAGUACAUCCUGACGCUGUCUGAAGACAUCGUGGACGGGCACGAGAGGGCCAUGGAGAAACGGCACCUCCGUAUCGACUCCAAAUGCCUCCACUUCACUCCCAAGGACUGGAGCAAGAGAGGGAAGUGGUAGAGGCUCCACUGCCCCUCUCCGUCCCCUGACACCCGUAGCCCUGUCUGCAGAGAGCUACCACGGCUCUAUGGAUCAGACUAACACACACGCUGUGUUCAGCGGUCUAUCGCCCUGUUUCUCUUUUUUUCCCCUUCAGAAUGAACAUCGCCACGCUCAAAUAAAGUCCGCUAAAUGAAAAACGAAUUUCCACCGUAGCCCUUCUUGGGACACUGAACCCACAUUCAUUAACCCCUCAUGGGCGGAUGCGACCUGCACGUUACUUCUCCCUUAACCGACUGACGUGACGCCAGCGUUGUGUUUGAUCUAGGAUAUUGUCUAUUCCUAGGCCUGUCUAUGGGUUUUCUACAGGGCAUUAGUCCAUGAUGUGUCAUCAGUGUUUAAUUGAACCUCAUAUAUCCGGGGUCGGCAGCUUGUGGUCCUCGAGGGCCAUUCGGUGACACUAAUUACCCGAGUUAGAAUAAAACCAGGGCUGGAUGCGGAUUCGGGGGCCAGAUUUGCCCUAUAUAAAAGCCUAUUGGCUCUGGGUGUUUAUUCCACCACCGCUCCUGAAACAGGGACCAGGUGCUUAACUGCUCCGUCGUCCUUGUUGACUGAAUAACAUCAGGCCAGGCUCGUUCUGCUCCCGUACCCGAUCUCUCAUCUUCAUCCUGCCGCCACCGCAAAGGGCGAAUAAUGCUUUAUGGCUUUGUGGACCUCGAGCAAAACUAUUCAUUUUGGUGGCAGUGAUUUGGUCAGCGAUUGGGGAAUAGUAUAUUUCUAAUAUGUCAAGUGACUGAUACAUUUCCCAUGUUAGUUUGAAUAAAUUAAGUGACUUAAAUAAAUUGUUUCAGAUGAAGGCCUGUCUCACUCUUCACUGCAAGCACCUGGCCACACGACGCACAGUGAGAAUAGCCAGCCUGAAUGAUACCCAUGUGUGUAGGAUGGGGACCACUUCUAAUGUACAUAGCACUUUGUAAAGUUGUAUUUUUUAAUAUGGUAAUGCAUUUCUGUUGUUGGAUUAAAAGAAAUAUGCCGAUCAUUUCAAAUGCCAUGUUUAACUGUGACAAGAAUUUGCAUUUAGUGACCCUGUACAGUAAUUUUUUUUUUUUUUUAACCUGAAUAUUAUUUAACCGUACUUGCCAUAUGUUUGUUAUUCAUGUUUACCUUGGCUCAAUUUCUCAUGCCUUUUUUAAAAGAAUCAUAUUUUUUAUUUUUUUUUAUCACAAAUUGUGUGAAAAAUGUUCACCCUCAAAAAUACCACUUGACAGCUGUGUUUUUCCCUUUGCAGAAAAAAAACAUCCUGUUAUUAAAGUUAUUUAAUAAUAUCAAUAAUUUAUAAAUCUGUACUAACUGAUAUGUUCGACAGUAUGUAUAUCCGGGCUGGCUACUGUAAAGUGUACUAUAGGCAGUGAACACUAGAUGUCACUGAUAUUCUAUACUUAAAUAUAGGAAGUGGAGUAUGAACGGUUGACUUCCGACUGCCGUGUUGUACAUUUGUUCACAUGUUGAGCGGAAAAUAUAUGAUUUAACGUAAGAAAAGACCACAUAAGCAUUUGAAGCUGAUUUAAUGUGAGUUAAAUCCAGGCUUUGGUAGACUCAGAAAAUUGCUAUCUUUUCAUGUAUGAGUCAGUUCAUCAAUAUCAGCUAUGAUCCAAUAGGUUGGUUUUACUUGUGUAAAAAUGUUGUAGACUUACUGUUUGAUGCAAAACCAGAGUAAAUAUUUGCUACCUUGUGAUAUCUAUCUGGAAUGGAUGCACAGCUUAUAAAAUAUUUAUAUGUCCUGUGGGUGUUGGAAAAGGCUCAGUCACCAGACAAAUUAAAGAUUUGGUUUAGUGGCCACCCCCUAUUUAUUCCCAAAUUAAUUUUUUUCCUAAAUCCCGUUUUGCAUAUUGGUAUUCACAAACGCUAAAUUUUAGCAGGUCGUGUCCCAGAACACUGUCACCUACCCCACAUACUACCGAGAGUAACCACCCAGUCGGUGCCAUAUGGCCAGGCAUAGGGAGAGCUCAGUCAGUCAUUAGGGAGAAACUUCCAGAAACUUCUGGAACCUCCAGAAGAGUGCAAACCUGACCACCUGACUAAUACUUGUAUGAAUUCCGGAAACAAAAUCCUACAUUUGUUGUACCUUCAAAUGUAUUUAAUUAAAUGUUUAAAUUAGC